GAGGGAAUUUAAGCAGGUCUGUCCAUGAGGAAAAGUUGGAGUGACUGUAAUUGUGAUGAAGCAACAAUGUCUUCAGUUGAGUAUUUGAGAGGGUUUGUCAGCGAGAGACUAACUGCUGCUGCUGAAGAAAUAUUGGGAGUUUUUGAGAAAACUAUCGUCGAGUACGAGAAAGAGAUCGACCGUCAGCGCAUACUGUUGGAUAUAGCUUGGAAACCGGAAGUAAGGUUAUACAGGACAGAGCUCCCACAGCAAGAUGUGUGUAAGGAGGAGGAGGUUGUCGCUGAGCAGCAGCUCUGUAUUGAGGAGAGGAGCUCCAGUGUGGACCAAGAGGAGCCAGAGCCUCCACAGAUUAAAGAGGAAGAGGAGGAAGUGUGCAGCAGUCAGGAGGGAGAGCAGCUUGAAGUGAAGCAGGAGACUGAGACCUUUCUAGUGACUCCUACUGAUGAGGAAAGUGAGCAGCAGCUCCUCUGUCACAGCUCUCAUGGAGCUGAGAGUGAAGAUGAGGAAGGAGACGAGCAAGGAGACUCAACAUCAAGUGGAGAAGCAGAGCCAGAACAACAGAAUAGACGUAACAAGCGCAGAAGUCACACUAACCGUGUAGACAACCCCAACUUAUCAGAGAUUGAUCAUAAUACUCACACAGGUAAAACACCUUUUAAAUGUGACACUUGUGGGAAAGCUUUCAAGUUUAAGUCUCAAUUUGAUAGACACCUGAGAAUCCACACAGGAGAGAAGCCGUUUUGUUGUAACACAUGUGGGAAAACAUUCAGUCUUUUGUCAUCUCUGAACGUUCAUAAAAGAGUCCACACAGGUGAGAAGCCAUAUUGUUGCAACACAUGUGGAAAAGAUUUCCGAUAUAAGAGUCACUUGGUUUUCCACAUGAGAACCCACACAGGAGAGAAGCCAUUUAAAUGUGAGACAUGUGGGAAAGCUUUCAUGCAUAGACCUGUCUUGAAACACCACCUGACAACCCACACAAGUAAGAAGACAUAUUCUUGCAGCACAUGUGGGAAAGCAUUCUCUCGGACAGCAGAUUUGAAAGCUCAUGCAAGAAUUCACACAGGUGAGAAGCUGUAUUCUUGCAAAACAUGUGGAAAACAUUUUGGACGCAGUUAUCAUUUGUUAGUCCACAUGAGAAUCCACACAGGUGAGAAGCCAUAUUCUUGCAAAACUUGUGGAAAAGAUUUUGGACAGAGCAGUGCCUUGUUAGUCCACAUGAGAGUCCACACAGGUGAGAAGCCGUAUUCUUGCAAAACCUGUGGAAAAGAUUUUGGACAGAGCAGUGCCUUGUUAGUCCACACAAGAAGAGCCCACACCGGUGAGAAGCCGUACCUUUGCAAGAUCUGUGGGAAAAAAUACUUUGAUGGGUCCCAUUUAACAAGGCACAUGAAAUCACAUACAGGCAAGUAGCCUUGUAUUUCAGAAAACAUAUAGGAGACAAUUCAGUUCUCAUGGCUCAUGGUUUAAAUUCACAGGAACUCAGAGAAGUGAGGAGCCACAGAAUAAUAGCACGUUGAAAAACACACUUAAAACACCUCUUGACACCUCAUGCCAACUGGGGUCUUGUUUUUGUUUUGUUUUUUGUCUGCUACAUUUAAUUUGAUAUUUUUUGGUAUUUUGUAAAUGCAUCAACGCCACAGCUGACUACAAACUAAACUGUAGAUGAUGUACUCCAUGGUGCUGUCAACAGAUCAGCUUAUAAAGUAGUAAUGAAAAGUGAAUGAAUAUUAAUGAUCUGUGCCCAAAGACAUGUGUUCUCUUUUUUUAACUCAUCUAUGUAUCCAAACACUAAAGCUUUGUAUUGUGGUGAUUUAACAAUAAUAAACCCUCUAGAGGUGUUGGAUCACUUACGUUUUCAUCCUGCCUACCAGUUCUUUUUUUGUCUGCAGCAUUUCUCUGAGCUGUGUAUUGUCAUGUAUUAUGGUUGGUAAUGUUGAUAACUCUAUUUGCAUAAAACCCCUAAUUUGCGAAUGGUUGUCAAAAACUGCUCAAAAUUAAUACAUGUAGAGGCAGAUAAUGUAUUAUUCUAUAUCAAAGGUGAAAAUAAUGUCAGUUGCAAAAGGUCUGAGAAACAGUUGACUAGAUUUCGCAAUAGGAACGACUCCAUAUAAGAAGUUGUUUUUGAGUUGUUGAACUUUGGAGCUACUAGGAGGGACUCCUUUAAAGGAGUUGUUUUUGUAAUUUUGAGUAAUUCUUGUACAAUCAGUUCCAGGAAAUCAAACCUGGCAGGACACUUAGGUCCCAGAGUAAUUUUUGCACAAUCAUUUCCAGGAAAUUAGGUCACACACCCAGAUCUGUCUGCACAUGGAUGGAUGGAUGCACACACACACACACACACACACACACACACACACACACACAAACGAACAGAGACCCACUCACUAAAAUAGUAUGGAGGUGUUUGAAAGUUGGAUGAGCGGGGCUGUUUUCUGCUGCAUCCUUUGUUUUCUACAACCUGUGUUGUUGAGUUGUAUUCUGCAAUUAAAGUAAUCCCCCUGGCUG